AUGGUUUCCCUCCAACGGACCAUCCGGUCCAUUCAGCGCGUCGGCCUCCGGGAAUGGUGGCGCCAGAUGCAGUAUAUCGGUGACGCCAAGUCUGGUCGUCUGGUGGGGAAGGACCAGUUCGGCAACCGUUACUUCGAGAACAUGAACGCGGAGGAGGAGGUUCCUGGCCGUCAUCGCUGGGUGGACUUUGCUCAGCACGACAACAACGCCACCCAAGUCCCUCCCGAGUGGCACUCAUGGCUGUCGCACAUCCGCAAGGACGCGCCGACUGAGGACAGCGUCAUGCAGAACUUCUCUCCGCCCUGGAAGUCUCCCUGGACCGAGAACCUCACCGGCACUCGCGGCGCGUUCCGCACAUAUAACACCACCCGCCCCAAGUACGAGGCCUGGCAGCCCAAGGUCGCGGCGCGGGGAGUGUCUCCUUAG